CGAUGGACGCGGCGCCCGCGCGCGCGGCGCGGCCCACGAGCCCGUCGCGGCCGCCCAAGGCGAUCCGCAGCACCAAGCCGCGGGGCCUCGACGAGGACACCGCGGCGCCGCCCGCGUUCCCGAAGGGCCUCUCCUCCGCCGCUGCCGGCAGCGGCGCCGCGGCCUCGCUCCUCCUCCACGCGGACGUCCCGAUGGACGCCCGCGUCUGGGCGGGGCUCCCCGACGACCUCCUCCUCGAGGUGCUCGCCCGCGUGCCGCCCUUCCUCCUCUUCCGCCUGCGCCCCGUCUCUCGCCGCUGGGACGCCAUCCUCCACGACCCCGCCUUCCUCGCCGCGCACGCCGCGGUGCCCUCCCACGGGCCCUGUCUCCUCACCUUCUCAAGGGGCAGCGGCGCCCACUCCCCGCCGCAGUGCAGCGUGUUCAGCCUGCCCCUGCACGCCCGCUACAAGCUCCCCUUCGGGUUCCUCCCCGCCUGGGACCUCUGGCUCGUCGGCUCCUCAGGAGGGCUCGUCUGCUUCUCCGGCUUCGACGGCGCCGGAUUCCGCACUGUCGUCUGCAACCCGCUCACGCAGGCCUGGCGGGUGCUCCCGGACAUGCAUUACAACCAGCAGCGGCAGCUGGUGCUCACGGUCGACAAGAAACGCCGGUCGUUCAAGGUAAUCGCCGCUAGUGAUGUAUAUGGGGACAAGACGCUCCCCACUGAAGUGUAUGACUCGAAGGAGGAUACAUGGUCAGUGCACCAAACGAUGCCAGCGGCGAACCUGUGCUCGUCGAAGAUGGCGUUCUGUGACUCUAGGCUGUACCUGGAGACGCUCUCGCCGCUUGGGCUGAUGAUGUAUAGAGUGGACGCAGGGCAUUGGGAGCAUAUACCUGCCAAGUUCCCACGGUCCCUGUUGGAUGGGUAUCUGGUGGCUGGAGCUCGCACCAGGUUGUUCUUGGUUGGGCGGAUUGGGCUUUACAGCACGCUGCAGAGUAUGAGGAUCUGGGAGCUGGAUCAUGGUAGGACUAUUUGGGUGGAGAUAAGCAGGAUGCCACCCAGGUACUUUAGGGCUCUGCUGAGGUUGUCGGCUGAGAGGUUCGAAUGCUUUGGGCAGGACAACUUGAUCUGUUUCACGUCAUGGAACCAGGGCAAAGGUCUUCUGUAUGAUGUUGAUAAGAAGGCUUGGUCGUGGAUUGCUGGUUGUUCUAGCCAGUUGUGCAAUAGCCAGGUCUGCUUUUACGAGCCAAGAUUGGACACAUCAAUCUAUUGAGUAUGGCAAUAUGACCUGCAUUGUGAAGAGUUUGAGCUCAAAUGUUUCUGGGGUUCAAUAUCGAGAUGCCUGUGUGAUGUCCUAUUGAAUCAUGGCUGUCAUAUUGUCCAGUGCUGAGAUGAAUAGUGCUUCUUCUUCGAGACACUUCUAGUACUGGACUUGAGCAACCAAUCUUCUCAAAUCAUGCCACUGCAGAUUCUUCACUACUCUAGCGAUUAUGCCAUCUUGCAGUUCUGGAUUAGAACAUACGGAAUAUCGUGCAUUUUGCCACAAAUGGAGAAGCAGUUGAAACGAAUAAAAAAACAGAAGCAGUUGAAGGAAUUUUUCCGCCUGGCAGGCAAGGAUGGCUUGACAUAAUACAACUACAGCUAAUUUUUGUUUAUUCCCUGUUUGUGAAGCUAUGUAAGAAUUUCGGAGACCAGAACCAAGCAAACAUGUGCACACCCAAGAUAUUCAACUAAGGUAA